AUGGCUUCCGAAGGUACUACAUGGGGCGCGGAGGAUAUUGGGGCACAGGGCGAUCAAGUUCAGCAUAGCGAGGAACAAGUUGAUAACUAUGCUCAAGACUCUCUUGCCUCUGGUGAUGCCGAUGCAGCGGAUAAUGGUACAGAAGAUGAAGGGGGAGAAUAUGACCCAGAGUCGGUCACUAUCGGUACACCUGUCAUGGCCCCUGAGCCGGCUUCUUCUGGUACUCCUCAACGUCAGACAUCAAAGCCUAAGAUGUCAGGUGGCUUCAUAGUUGAGGCUUCCGAUGACGAAGAUGAUGAUGAGGAUGAAGAUGAAGAAAAGCAGCCUGCCAAUGCCGCUCCCCAGACCGAUGCAGUCCCUACUCAAAACCAGCCUGGCCCUUCCACUACGCCUGAUGAACACGUUCCUGCAGCUCCAACUCAUGCUCCUGUCCCUCCUGCUGUCCCUUCCAAUGUGACACCGGUCCUUGCUGGUCUCGAUCCCGUUGCUCUCCUCGAAUUUCGUGUCAAAGAGGACCCUCGUGGCGAUAUGGAUGCUUGGCAAGAGUUGAUUGCUGCUCACAGAGACUCUGGCACUCUCGACCAGGCCCGAAGUACUUAUAACCGCUUCGUAGAGAUUUUCCCACAAGCUGCAGAUAAAUGGGUUGAAUGGAUUGAGCUGGAGCUGAAAUAUAAUAACUUUGUCGAUGUUGAGCAACUAUUUAGCAGAUGUUUGAUGACAGUUCCCAACGUGAAGCUGUGGACAGUCUAUCUAGACUAUAUUCGCCGUCGCAACGACCUGAACAAUGACCCAAAUAGCCAGGCUCGUCGCACCGUUGCUCUGUCUUACGAAUUUGUGAUUGACAACAUUGGCGUGGACCGAGAUUCUGGUAACAUCUGGCAGCAAUAUGUCCAAUUCGUCAAGAAUGGGCCAGGCCAAGUCGGCGGGGAAGACUGGCAAGAUCGACAAAAGAUGGACCAGUUGCGCGCGAUCUACAAACGCGCUGUCGCUGUUCCCAUGUCGACCGUCAAUAAUCUCUGGAAGGAGUAUGAUCAAUUCGAAAUGGGAUUGAACAAGAUGGCUGGUCGCAAAUUCAUCCAGGACCGUUCUCCAGCCUACAUGUCAGCCAAGAGUGCUAACAUUGCGUUGGACAACAUCACCCGGUAUCUUGACCGCACAAACCUUCCAAGACUCCCACCUGUUCCAGGCUUCAACGGUGACCAGGAGUACAGAGAUCAAGUUGAAAUGUGGAAGAAGUGGAUUGCCUGGGAAAAGGAAGACCCGCUUGUCCUGAAGCCUGAUGAGCCCAAGGCAUACAACCAGCGAGUUCUCUAUGUCUACAAGCAAGCAUUGAUGGCACUGCGAUUUUGGCCUGAAAUCUGGGUCGAUGCAGCGGAAUGGUGCUUCCAAAAUGACAUCCGCGAAAAUGACAAAGAGGUGGGCACAGAACUGCUGCUGGAGGGUAUCAAGGCAAACCGCGAGAGUGUGUUGCUUGCAUUGAAGCACGCAGACCAUAUCGAGGUUAACCAUCCAGGCAAGGAGGUUGACAAGGCGGCUUUUGCGCAAGCUGUUCGCAAACCGUACGAUGAUGUUCUGGAAACGUUGUACGAGAUGGGCGACAAAGUCAAGGAGCGGGAAAAGUUGGAAGUCUCAACACUGAAGCAGGCGGCGGCACAAGACCUAGUCCAAGCGUCCAUUGAGGAAAACGAUGACGACGACGAAGACAAACCCAAACGUUCGCCUAUGGAGGAGCGCAUCCUUGCCAUUCAGAAGGGAUAUGCUACCGAAACACAACUUCUGUCAAGGACAAUCUCAUAUGUAUGGAUUGCUAUGGCAAGGGCCAUGCGUCGCAUUCAAGGCAAAGGUUCUCAAACAGAAGGUGGCUUGCGCAAAGUCUUCACCGAUGCCCGUCAAAAGGGACGACUCACCAGUGAUGUUUACGUCGCCGUGGCGUUACUCGAAGCUGUUGUCUACAAGGACAAUGUAGGCGCCAAAAUCUUUGAAAGGGGUGCGCGUCUAUUCCCUAACGAUGAGGUGUUCAUGAUAGAAUACUUGAAGUAUCUCCAUUCGAAGGAUGACACGACCAAUGCCCGCGUCGUUUUUGAGACAUGUAUCAACCGCCUGGUUUCCAAGCCAGACACCCUAGCAAAAGCCAAGCCGCUUUAUGCUUACUUCCACAAGUACGAAUCGCAGUAUGGCGAGUUGUCACAAAUUUCCAAACUGGAGGACCGAAUGGCAGAACUUUUCCCAGAGGACCCCAAGCUCAAGUCCUUUGUAGCCCGAUUCUCGAACGAGACAUUCGAUCCCAUUGCGGCUCCUAUCAUCAUUUCCAAGACAGCUCAGAUGCGUCCAAAGCAGAUCGUCCCCAUCGUUGAGCAGCCCAUGCAGCCCGUCUCACUACGAAACAGCCCCAUGCCGCUCCGACAGGAACAAAAUACCCGGGCGCAGUAUGUUCGGGCAACUGCUUCACCGAAACGGCCUCUUGCUGUUGAUGAUGAAGAGCUCAACCCACCCAAGCGACUUGCUAGAGGCGUCUCGCCGCUCAAGGGUGCUGCUGGCCGACGCCUUGACCAGCAGCGACGGAACCAGGCAUCAGCGCUGCACAGGGAUAUCACUUUCUUGCUCAACAUUCUGCCGCCUGCUCAAAGCUAUGACGGCCCGCGGUUGAACACUGCAGCUUUGGUAUCCCUUCUCCAAAAUACCGAAGUUCCUGACUAUUCUACAUGGAAGGCUGCUGGUGGAGGCCAACAACGUUUUGGCAACACCACCCACACACGACAAGCAUCAGGAGAGUUUGUCCGGCCAUUGAGCCCAUACGGAAGAUCAUCCGCCACAGCUGGUGGAUAUAGGAAUUCGCCAUUGCGGCCGGAGACGGGAAAUGCGUAUCAAUCAAACCCGUACCCUCUGCCUGAAGCAAGUGGCCAGCAAUCCACAUGGCCGCAGGUACCUGGUGCAUACGGUGCGCCAGCACCCGGACAAUUCGGAGGAUACCGAUACUGA